AGUAAAUUGCAGUGGAAAGUGUAAUCUCCUUGCUGUAUAAUUUGUUUUGUUACUGGUGAUUUGAUAAAACUAAUUAUUAAACAUGUCAUUGAUUUGACAUUGUCAUGAAAUAUCUUGAAUGUAAGCUAAUUUUCCUAUCUCUAUGUAAAAUCAUUGAUUUUUUUUUCAAAAAUGGAUAAAGCGGGCCCUAGUUCUGGAAAAAUUAACAUCGUGAUAAUUGAAGGAAAUAAAGGUAAAGGCCGGUUAUCGAAUCAAGGAAUGGUGCUUCUGCACGCUGGCCAUAAAUAUAAUUUUGUUAAAACAAAUAUGUGUGGUACAACUAAUUGGCGAUGCGUCAAUAAAAACAUUUGUAGCACUUCCAUAACAUUAACAGCUGAUAAUAAAGAAAUUGUGAAAGAAGCUAAACAUGUAUGUUUACCAGAUUAUGAACGUAACAAAAUUGAUUUCACAAUGUCAUUAGCCAAACAAGAGGUUUGUCUUAAUAUGGCGCCUAUACCUGAAAUUUUUGAGAAACACUAUUACAAACUUCAUAAACAGGAUUCUGAUCAUACAUUUGGUCAGGGCGAAAUGCUUUCCCCAGAGGAAUUACCUACAUUCAGUUCAAAAAAGGAUACGCUGUAUCGGGCACGCUAUAAAUUUUUAAAUGUAAAAAAAAGUAAAUUUUUGCGACCCCAAGAUGUGCAGUUGCCAGACAGUUUAGUAAGUGAUUUCUUUUUGUGUGACGAUGGUGUUGAAGAGAAGAUUAUAAUUUUUGGUACUCGACUGGCAAAAGCAACAUUGAAAACAGUUGAUAUUGUGUACGUUGAUGGAACGUUUAGAUGUUGCCCGAUUCCUUUCUAUCAGCUGUUUUCUGUACAUGCUGACAUUACGCAUGAAUCAGGAACUGUGUGCUUUGUGCCAUUGUUGUUCGCUUUGUUGCCCAACAAAAGCCAAACUACAUACGAGAGACUUUUCAAAAUUUUAAAAUAUCAAUUUUUUAUGAAUAUCAGCACUUUCAAAUGUGACUACGAACUGGCUAUUAUCCAAGCGAUAAAGGCAAUAUAUCCUGACAUUGUAGUAAAGGGUUGCUACUAUCAUUUUACAAACGCAGUUUGGAAAAAGUCGAAAUCGAUUAAUUUUAGUUCAUCCAACGAGGGUCGUAAAUGUACUCAGCUCUUUUCCUUAUUAGCACUGUUGCCAGCGUCGCUUAUACCGGAGGCGUAUCUGACAUUAUGUGAAUUAGCUCCUAAUACUGAAGAAACUGUUGCUAAGUCUUGUGAAACUUAA